AUGGGGGAAGCAAAGGGAAUAGUGAAACACUUGCUCAUCGCAAAGUUCAAGGACGACAUCCCUCCUGCGAGGGUUGAAGAGCUUAUCAAGGACUAUGCCAACCUAGUCAAUCUCAUCCCACCCAUGAAGUCAUUCCAUUGGGGCAAGGAUGUAAGUGCUGAAAACCUGCAUCAAGGCUUCACUCAUGUCUUUGAAUCAACCUUUGAGAGUACAGAAGGCAUUGCAGAGUAUGUGGCCCAUCCUGCCCAUGUUGAAUAUGCAAAUGUGCUCCUUCCCAGCUUGGAGAAAGUGAUUGUGAUCGACUAUAAGCCUACCAUUUAG